AUGGGGACUCCAUUGGUUGGUACCGCGAUCAUCACAGGAGGGAAUGGGCUCCUUGGAUCGGAGAUAGCGGUCGCCAUCGCCAAAGCGCAACCGUACGUGCACCUGUUGCUGGUGGCCCGCGAUAUCCGAUCGGACAGCGUCAAGGAUGUGACGGACCGGAUCCGCCUAGUCGGCCCCAGGUCCGUCGAGGUGGUCAAGGCGGACCUGGCGUGCUUUAACUCGGUCGUGAGCUUUGCCCAGUAUACUGUCGAGAGGGUCCAAAGCAAACAGAUCCCUCCUGUCAUCCUUUUGAUCAACGCCGCGGCCAUUUCGUCAUACGUUACCGAUCAGGUCACACGAGAUGGGUACGAUCCCGUCUAUCAGACCAACUGCAUCGCUCCGUUUCUGUUGACCGUGAGUCUGCUCGAGGCCUUCCGCGCGGGCGACGGUACACCAAACGGCGGCGCCCGAGUGAUCAAUGUCGGAUGUUCCUCCAUGUCCAAGGGCUCCCUGGACUAUUUUGACGAGGACCCGGAGAGGGCCGACCUGCCCCCCGGGACGCCUCUGAGCACCAAGGAAGCGACUGCCCGGUUCGGGAGUAGUAAGCUCUCGAUGAGCGCCACCAUGUAUGCCCUGCGGCGAAGUCUGGUCCUGACCGGCAGCAUUGCGCUCAACGUAUACACGAUGGAUCCCGGCGGCAUGACCGGAGAGAGCCAGCUCACGACGGCCACCGCGCCGUUAUCGGUCAGAAUGGCGCACCAGACACGAUCUGGACUCCGACCGUUCCUGCGGGUGUUCUCCAGGAGCGCGAUCAACAAGGCCAGCGUUCCAGCCAAGGCGAUCGUUAAAGUGGCAUUCCAGAAGGACACGGUGGAGAACUGGGGCAGGGAGCGGUACUAUGUGCUGGAUCGCGAGUAUGAGGCCGCAUCCGUCAUUCCUGCCUUGCGGGACGUGCCGCGCAUGGACGGCUUGCUCCAGAAGUCCUUUCAACCGCGGCCCCAACCGGCAAUGCGACGUCGCCGACAACUCAUGCAACGACUAUGUCUCCUCGGCGGAAUCUCCACCCUCCUCCUCGUCCUGAUCUUCCCAUCACUGCGAGCAGCCUUCCUCCCCGUGGUCUCCCUCGGCCUCGCCUCCUCCUCCAGCGUGGAAGACCUCCAAAUGGAAACCGUCCGAUACUAUGACCUAGCGAAGAUGCAGGGGAGCGGGAGCGGGUGGGAACAAGGCGAACGAGUGCUGAUGUGCACGCCCCUCCGCGACGCCUCGUCGCAUCUGCCGAUGUUCUUCUCGCACCUCCGCAACCUCACGUACCCCCACAAUCUGAUCGACCUGGCGUUCCUGGUUUCCGAUUCCAAGGAUGAUACAAUGGAGAUGCUGGAGUCGAUGCUGGAUGAGCUGCAACAUGACCCGGAUACGAGCAUGUCGUUUGGCGAGAUCUCCGUCAUCCAGAAGGAUUUCGGCCAGAAGGUCCAGCAGGAUGUCGAGAGUCGGCACGGAUUCGCUGCCCAGGCUAGUCGGAGGAAGUUGAUGGCUCAGGCUAGGAACUGGUUGCUUAGCGCUACGCUGCGUCCAACGCAUAGCUGGGUGUAUUGGAGAGAUGCGGAUGUGUUGACGGCGCCCCGGACCAUUUUGGAGGAUCUCAUGAGACAUGAUAAGGAUGUGAUUGUGCCGAAUGUGUGGCGACCCCUACCGGAUUGGCUGGGCGGAGAACAGCCGUAUGAUUUGAACUCGUGGCAGGAGUCGGAGACCGCACUGGCCCUCGCCGAGACGCUCGAUGAGGACGCGGUCAUUGUGGAAGGUUACGCCGAGUAUGCGACGUGGCGGCCCCAUCUUGCCUACCUCCGCGAUCCCUACGGAGAUCCCGAUAUGGAGAUGGAGCUGGACGGAGUUGGCGGUGUCAGCAUUCUGGCAAAGGCCAGAGUGUUCCGCGCGGGAGUCCAUUUCCCGGCCUUCAGUUUCGAGAAACAUGCGGAAACUGAAGGGUUUGGCAAGAUGGCGAGACGCAUGGGGUUCUCGGUCAUUGGUCUUCCGCAUUACACCAUCUGGCAUCUUUACGAGCCGAGUGUGGAUGAUCUCCGGCAUAUGGAGGAGAUGGAGCAGGAGCGCAAGGAACGCGAAAGAGAGGAGAAAGACCAGGCCGAGCGUGCCGAUCGUGUUCAGACCCUGUUCCAGGACGCUAAGACACAAUGGGAUAUCGACAAUGCGUUCGUCGAAGACGCGAUUAAGGAGGAGGAGCAAGCGAACGGAGCCUCCGCCUCAUCCGAAGACACAGAUGCAAAGGGCAGCGCAGAAGGCCCCGUCGCACCGCCAGCUCAGAAAGAGCAAAGCGCUGACAUUGGACACGAAGAGCCCGCGAUACCACGGAAAGAGGCAAUGCAAUGA